AUGCAGUUCGUCCUCGUGCCGCCGUCCAACAUGCAUCGGCAUUUUGGUUCCCUCCUCUCAGGCGCGGUGGGGGCCGACGUCACUUUUGAGGUUGCCGGAGAUAUGUUUGCUGCACACAGGUGUGUGCUGGCUGCAAGGUCAUCGGUUUUCAUGGCAGAGCUCUUUGGCCCCAUGAAGGAGAAGGCCAUGAACUGCAUAGAGAUCAAAGACAUGGAAGCAAGUGUGUUCGAGGCUAUGCUCCACUUCAUCUACACCGACACCAUGCCUGAUAUUGACCAGGAAGAUGCGUUUGUGAUCACACAUCAUUUGCUUGUAGCAGCGGACAGAUAUGAUCUAGAGAGGCUCAAACUGAUUUGUGAGGACAAGCUCUGCAUGUGCAUCGACACAAGCACCGUAGUGACUACACUGGCACUCGCUGAGCGGCAUGGUUGCCAGGGGCUCAAGAAGGCAUGUUUUGAGUUGCUGAAGUCGCCAAGCCAUCUGAAGACUGUCAUGGCGACCGAGGGCUUUGACCUUCUCUUGGCUUCUUGCCCAUCUCUUAUCAAAGAGCUGCUGGCCAAGGUUGCUCCCUGUCCAUGA